GAAGAGGAAGAUAGUGAUUGUAUUGAGAAAGUGUUGUGGCAUCAACCAAAGGGCGUGGCUGAAGAAGCUCUUAGGAGUAAAAGAUCAACUAAUCAUGUUCUUCUUAGCUACUUGUUUGAUUCUGAGCUAAAUUGGAAUGAGAUGGAAUUCUUGAUAAAAUGGAAAGGCCAAUCCCAUUUACACUGUCAGUGGAAAUCAUUUUCUCAGCUUCAGAAUGUAUGUUGUACACUUCUUGUGCUGCUUCUGCGUGUAGUUUUUGUAUUAAGCCUUCUUGCGCUUCUUAUCAGUUGUAACUUGUCAUUCUUGAUGUAGCAUUGAUGUUCGGCGUUUCCCCCCACUGUUAUUUAAAUUUCUCUAUGCAUUUUUGGUUUGUGGUUUUGCAGCUUAGUGGUUUUAAGAAGGUUUUGAAUUACACUAAAAAGGUAACUGACGAAGUCAGGUUCAGGAAGACAGUCACACGUGAGGAGAUUGAGGUUAAUGAUGUGAGCAAGGAGAUGGAUUUGGACCUCAUCAAGCAAAAUAGUCAGGUGGAAAGGAUAAUUGCAGACCGCAUUAGUAAAGACAGUUCUGGAGAUGUAAUUCCAGAGUACCUAGUCAAGUGGCAAGGGUUAUCUUAUGCUGAAGCGACAUGGUAUAUUAAGCUUCUCAGAAAGUUUAUGAGCUGAUGUAUCUGCUGAUUCAUCUAUUAUGGUUCUUGUUUUCCUUUAUGCUUUGAAUAACCUAAAUGUUUGGUU